CUCUCUCUCUCUCUCUCUCUAUAGCAUUCUUACGCAUGGCUAUUUGGGAUCGAAUUGGGAACUAGGGCACGACUUCUUCUUCGAUCGAUGCUGUUAAUUCUUCGCGAAGAUGUGAUUUCACGGGGAUUCGAGGCAUCAAAUUUGUGGAUAUUUUACUUAACGUAGUAUUUAGUUUCUAGGGUUUGUCUGGCUCACGCAUGAAGGGUCCGUUAGAUCGAACAAAGGUCGUGAUACGGCACUUGCCGCUGACGAUUUCACUCUCGAUGCUCAUUGAGCAAGUCGAUACCCACUUUGCCGGUCGCUACAACUGGGUCUCCUUUCGCCUCGGCAAGAACAGCCAGAAGCAUCAAACUUAUUCUAGAGCGUACAUCGACUUUAAGAGGCCAGAGGACGUUAUUGAGUUUGCAGAGUUCUUUGAUGGACAUGUUUUUGUUAACGAGAAGGGUACUCAAUUUAAAACUAUUGUUGAGUAUGCUCCUUCACAGCGUGUUCCAAAGCAAUGGCCUAAAAAGGAUGGGCGUGAGGGGACCAUAUCUAAAGAUCCCGAGUAUCUGGAGUUUCUUGAAUUUAUUGCAAAGCCUGUAGAAAAUCUUCCGAGUGCAGAAAUACAAUUGGAGAGAAGGGAAGCAGAACGAACUGGUGCUGCGAAAGAUGCUCCUAUAGUUACUCCUUUGAUGGAUUAUAUUCGUCAGAAAAGAGCUGCCAAGGGUGGAACUCGGAGACCCCUGUCUAAUGGGAAACCAAACAGAAGGGCUAGUGGAGCAUCAACUGGAAGUCCUAGUUCUGCUUCAUCAAAACGAGGCUCUGAAAAGAGAAGGUCUUCAACGAUUAUGUAUGUUUUAAGAGACACUGCAAAAAGUACAAGUGGCAAGGACAAAUUGACGGAUAUUCUGGUUUCUAAACGGGAUGAUCAGCAGCUUUCUGACAAGUUGGUUACUACAUCUGCUGCAUCUGGAGUUGGAAUGUUGGAGGACGGAAGUCCAUACCUAAUAGUAACAGUAACAACAAACAACUAA